UUUUAGGGCGUAGAUGUUUGUGCAGUGUGUUUUAUUAUUGUUUUAAUUUUUUAAGAAAAUUUUAAAUAUUUUCAAUAAUUUUUAUAAAUUAAAUAAAAGACAUUUUUUUAAUUAAUCAUAAUGAUGAAAUUCGUGUAUAUUGUGCUAAUAUUUUUAGCUUUAACUAUAAAAGAAGGAUUAGCUAUAUGGUGUUAUCGCUGUACAUCGGCUACUCCUGGCUGUACGGAAGAUUUUAAUUGGCGCGGUAUAGGAUUUUUGGGUGAAAAAUGUCCAGAAAGUGAAGAUAUUUGUGUUAAAGUGACGGAAAAAAGAGGCUCUCAAAGAACAAUUAUUCGUGAUUGCUUAAGUUCACUUAGUUUUAGAACUGAUAUUCCGGCGGAUAAAUACGAAGGUUGUCGUCCCGCUGCCAAAGAUGUUCACUUGGCCAAUUAUGUUAAUCAUACCAUUAAGGAACAUGACGUUAAACGCGAUUAUUUCAAUGAUGUUGAGUUUUGUUUUUGUUUCUUGGAUCAUCGUUGCAAUGGAGCCGAAUCAUUGUUGAAAGCCCAAGCUAUUUUAGGCUUCGGCGUGAUAAGUAUAUUAUUGUUAGUUCUAAAUAAGAUUUUAUUUAGAUUUUAGUGUUAAAUGAAAAGCCCAGAGAAGAAAAAAUUUUGUUUGAGUGAGUAAUUGUUUCCGGAAUUGGAAAAAAAUGGUCAUUAUGUUCACAAAAUUAAAAAAGAGCUAUUCAUUCAAACAUUAUUAAUUAUAUAGUUCGCAAUAACAAUUUUAAUGAUUCUAGUGCCUUUUUGACCACAAGCACACGUUUUGUAUCAAAUAUUUACAAAAUCUACAAAUUUUAGUUUUAAGACAUUAUAACGAAACAAAUCCGUCCAAUAAUUUAAGAAAAAUUAAGAAAAGAAAGUAAUACAAUUCAACUACAUAUCACAAUAAUUUAUUUGGAUUUUAUUAAGAUAAAAUUCAAGCUAAAAAACUUUAUAAUU